UCCCAUCUUUCUUCUUAUCUCAAUUUGCUUCUGUUCUUCUAUUCAUCAUUUUAUCUUCUACCCACCAUUUUCUUCCUUUGAUGGCUUCACGUAGAUUUAUGAUUCCUUUUGUUUGCCUCACCGGCUUCUGGCUCAACCAACUCCAGACCACCGUCUCCACCCUUCUUAUUUGUCUGGAUAGCCAGCGAACAUCAUAAACGAUGAAGGAAGCUCAUUGCUUCAACCUCCCUUCACCGACUAUAUUCAGGAAUACACCUUCAGGAACAGGGAAGGGUAUGGGUGUAAUAAUUGUCUUUUUCUGCUACCAUCGGUGAUGCCUCCCGUUAUCACGAUUCACGGUUUUUGGUGAUGAGUUGUUGAUGUCAAAUCCCAAAAAUGUAGAAAGAGCCAUCGAAGAACAUGCUUGCAAUGCUGUUCUUCUCAAGGUGAACCAAGUUGGAAGUAUGACAGAAGCCAUUAAAUGGGUCUUGCCACCAGUAAGAGAGCGCUCAGCCAAGUACAAUCAGAAAGUAAAUAACGGUUAUGCCCUUACAAUGAUGAGGAUGGAGGCUUUCACCGAGCCUGAGAGGCGAGCUUUCAUCCAUGAGGUUUUUGAUUCCAUGCUUUCAAUUGGUGGUUGUGAGUAUCCCUUCAGGCCCAGGGCCCAGAUGGUGGUGUACUUUCUUAUUUGCAAAAUCUUGGAUAUAAGAAGCCAUAUAUAAGCUUCAUGGAUAGCAUAACAAUGGAAUUUUGGAUUGCUGUAUUUGAUCCUACCCACUACAAAAUCAUAACACAGAUGUCAGGUUUGCUUAUGUAGCAGCUAAGGCUUCACCAGAUGGAUUAUGUACAUAUACACGUUGAAAGAACGAAAAAAAAAUUUGAAUCAGCGCCAACGGGCGCGCAUGAUUCCAUCUAGUUUUAUAUUGUAGUACCUAUAAUAAUAAUAAUAAUAAUACAAAUU